AAAGUUCAGGUUGUGCGAUUUCACUACUCAGCUUUUAGUUUGCGCGCUGAACUGUAUGAGGUGCAGGAUGACCCGUUUGGCCCUCAUUUCUACCCUCCUGCUCCUGUUGCUGAGCAGUGCAGUCACUCAAGAAACCGAGGAAACUGUCGCAGCAGCAUCACCUCCAACUCCGGCAUCCAAUGGCAAGGAGGAAGACGACACAGACUGGGGCCUGAACUCUCUGAGAGGCGGCUUUGAGGCUGCUACCGGUUACUUUGACUCAAUUCUGGAGUUCAUGGGUGGACGGGAUGGACUCUGCCAGUAUCGCUGCCGAUAUGGUAAUCCUCCAAUUCCACGUCCUGGGUAUCAGAUGCCUGAGCCUGAUGGGUGCAGCUCAUAUUUCUUUGGUCUCCCUGUUCCAGAGGGGAUGGAUAUGGGAAUCCCCGCCAUGACCAAGUGCUGCAACCAGCUGGACAUGUGUUAUGAUACCUGUGGCUCAAACAAGUACCGUUGUGACUCCAAGUUCCGCUGGUGCCUCCAGAGCAUCUGUACCGACCUCAAGAAGAGCCUUGGUUUCGUGUCCAAAGUUGAAGCAUGUGAAACGGUGGCGGACACUUUGUUCAACACAGUGUGGACUCUGGGCUGCAGACCCUACAUGAACAGCCAGAGAGCAUCAUGCUAUUGCCAAGGAGAAGAGAAAGAUGAACUCUAACCUAUAUCAUAUUACUAUGAAGAAGACAGUGGAAGUUGCAGUAGCAUAUCAAAAGUACUAUUAAGUACACUAGUAUAAGUGGUAUUGCAAUGAACAACUGCAAUGGUAUUUUUUGAAUGACAAUAUUGUUGUAUUUUCAAAGUACUGUUCUGCUCUAUCAGCAAUGCUGUUUAUUUAUACUUCUAGGUGGGGAUAACAAUCAUAACAUGACAUUCGUUUUGUUCCAAAUACCUUUUAAAAGUGUAUUGUAUUGACAGUGCUGUAGAUAAACUGCAUAGCGUACGCUCGAAAUAACCUUUGCUAACUAUAUUAAACUUCCGUUUGCUUUAAUUUCACUUUUAGCAACAAGCUUUUUCAUCCAUUAAUUUAUUUGUUUUUGUUCAACGGAUUACUUGCCAUUCACUGGGUGGAUGAGUCAUUGGCCAGAAAUUGAGGCUAGGCUGGUUAAGGAAGAAAAAAGAAGCCAUGUUCUAACUUCUUUUACCACUCCCUUAUUUGGGCAAUAACUAAGCCACUCAUAACAUGCAUAACAUGCUUAGAAAACAUCAGUCACCAGUAAGGCCUAAUUUCUUCUAAUAAUAUCAUUAAAAUCCAGCUUUUAAGAUGUUUGUCUCCUGAUCUCUAGUCAUUGUGUCCUUCCAUCUGUCAUACAAACUACUUUAAAAGCACUUUUUGCAAGGGUUAACUUGAGCAGCAAAAAGUAGCGAGGGUUGCGCACGUUCAUAAUGUUGAUUGUUCGGUAGGGUUCAUUGGUAUUCACGAAGACGUUCACAAGACUUUUGCAUUUUAAUAGGCGUCAACAUAUUUUCUUAUCGUAAGAAACUGUUUACAACCUUUUAGGAAUCCCGACAAAAUUCACAAUAUGCACAAACAGUGAGUUCAGCUCUGUGAGUUGCCAUGGUUCCAGAACCAGAUGUGGCGCUUUCAUCCUUCUGUUCUUCUUCUCGGGUAUUAUUUUAUUUCAAUUCAAGUUACAGUAAUUGGUUGGUUUUCUAAAUGAUGUUGUAAGAUUAUGGUGCUGAACCAUUUUUAGAUGUUUAAUUUGGGUCAUCGAAAAUGUUCGUUGUUGUUCGAAAAUGUUGGUGGCAAGCGCCGAUGUGUGAAACCUGACGCCAAGAAUGUAAAUCCAAGAAAAAAAACACGUUUCUGAAUAAUAUACAAUAGUAAAUAUUUAUGCUACAUGAACUACCGUUUUUUUCCAUGUAUAAUGCGCCCCCAUGUAUAAUACGCACCCUAAAAGUGGCAUG